GCGCACUGCGAGCCGAGUAUCCGUCUUCGUCUCGUCGUAUCAACGUCCGUGUCGACCUUUCAAUUUUUGUUAAUUACUGGAAGUGAAUGGAAAAAUGAAAUAUUUGUCGAGAAAGCUGCGUCGAGUAUAUAUGAAGGCAAACACUUUCCUGAAGUGAUUGUAGUUGGAAUACUCCGAAAAGACUGAAAAAGAAUCAGUGUGUUGAUCGUGAAUUGAAUUUAUAGGUGAAAAAUAACGGUUGUAUUUAGUGCGCUGUGACGCAAAAAAAACUGAUUGGCAUGAUGGUAUUGAGUGAUCUUUCUACGUGCGGGUAAUGAACGCGAAAAAAUAGAGGCGUCACUAUAAAUUUAAAAGUGCUAUCGUAGAAAAACAUUGAAUCAGUCACGUGCAAUACUUCAGCUGAACGACAGGGACCGUCGAAGAUGUCUUCAAAAAGUUUACACAACGAACACAUAAAAAGACCUAUGAAUGCGUUCAUGGUCUGGUCUCGCGGACAGCGGCGUAAAAUGGCUCAAGAGCAUCCGAAAAUGCACAAUUCCGAGAUCUCAAAGAGGCUGGGUGCCGAGUGGAAACUUCUGAGUGAAGGCGAAAAACGACCGUUCAUCGACGAAGCUAAACGAUUGAGGGCGCUGCACAUGAAGGAGCACCCGGACUACAAGUAUCGCCCUCGACGGAAGCCCAAGUCCGUCAUCAAGAAAGAAAACAAAUUCGGUUUUGGACUCUCGCCCCUCAACAUGCCAAGCAACGAACAUCACAAUCAUCUGAGUACGAUAUCACGAGGCUUAUUAGGUCCACCGCUGGGUACACCAAGCCUCGGCAAUCAUCCACUCAUACAGCACGCGGAAGACCUUAAAAUCCCGAGGUUUUUCCACCCCUUUCCUUAUCAUCUCUAUCCAAUACAACAUAAAAUUGGCGAAGACUUCAACGGUGGCAAGCUCGCAGCUGAUUUGGCCUUUCAAGCACUGUACGGGUCGGGAGGAAGCUUUUACUCGAACCCGCAGGGAGUUGCGUGGCCUGGACUCACAGCACCGAACUGCUUGCAGGUGAAUUGCGGUUGCCCAAGUCCCACGAAAGACGUGAAAAGGCCAAGUUUCCUACCAGGUAAACCAGAAGACCGUCCGUUUCCAAGUCCGGCGCGAGCGGAGGACGACCGCUUCAGUUUAGAAAGCAAGGAUUCCAAAGACUUUCGUAAAUUCAGCGACGACUCAUUCGAAGCAUCGACAGAGCGAGCCGCGCUAGCCCAAGAUCACGACGACAAGUCCGAGGACCGUUACUCGACCACGUCUUCCUCGUCGCCCAUCAUUGUCGAGAAAUCCGAGAUGAAACCAGCGAUACCCAGACCGAUCAAUCCACCGACAACAACGAUGACGACAACGACGACGAUAUCAUCAGCCUCGCCAAAACCGCUGACUAACUUCUCCGUUCAGAGUCUCGCGGCAAGUUCACCUCGCAGUCAUGUCAUAUGAAGACCGCUUCCGGUUCUCCCGGACCUGCGGGGGAACCAGCUCGCUUGGGGUAACGUUAGCGCCGACUGGUGGCGACAAGUACCACCCAUACUUUCGCCUAUUCCUGCCCAACUGGCUGCCACCAAUCUGACCACCACGAGGAACCUUGAGGAGAGCGCAAGACCGUCGUCCGUUGCCAGCGUUCAGUAAAAUAUGUCGAGUGAGUUUAUUUUGCGAAAGCGUUGUGAUUUAUAUUUGCUGUUUAAGUAGGUACAGAUUUGUGCAAGUUUUUCUUUUCGAAGGCGAGCGAUAUAUUUCGAAACAAUAACUAUAUCGAUAUUCGGACAUUUAUAACAAAAUAAUAAUUUUAUCUGCAGAAAUUCUUACAAAAGUAAUGAAAUGAGAUUUUAACAGGAAUGCAAUUUCGCUUUGACUUUGGUAAAACAAAAUUGUGUCGGGCAUAAGUUUCCUUUGAAUUCGACAGUGAAUAGAUUCUAUUUUACUUUUAUCGUAUUAUUCCCGUGUAUGAGGUUCCUUAUUCAUAUACCAUAUCGCUUUUACGUUCAAAUCCAAUGCAUUUCUCAUCACACACAUCGAUUACGAUGCAAUCUCGCUCAAAUUACAAAGUCCCAAGUUUGCCAGCCAUGUGAAAUCCCCGCGACUUGGAGCCGUUUUCAAAUUGAAACGAGCCAUCGAGCACGAGCGCAAAACCUUAAAAAAAGGUACACGUGUGGGCGUAAAUAGAAUCCAGGAGCCAAAAAAGAGCGACAAUUUUUUGGUCAUUAAGCACGAAAAUGAGUCGUGAACGUGCGCUUUUUUUUUUCUUUCUCCUCUCUGUCGCUCUGGAGAAGAAAAAAAAAUGGCAUUUCCCUUUCCGCAUGAAAAGGAGAAGGGAACUAGGCGAAAAAGCGGAGGAGAGAAAGAGCUACCGUUCGGGAAAAGUUUCUCGAGAGAGGGGGGGCGGGGAGAGAGAGAGAGAGAGAGAGAGAGAGAGAGAGGAUUGAAUCGAUAUGACACGCGCGCCGUCAGAAAAUCCCUACAAAGCGCGCCGACGUCCAAUUUUGAUGAGAUAACCAAAACAUAUUAUGCUCGCGCUAAACUAUCCAAACAUACACACACGCGCGCGGACUUAUUUUCCCUUCUGCCUCUGCGUGCAGCGCGUGCUCGGGCAAAAAAGCCCGUGGAGUUGCAAAUCUCCGGAGCCGCCUUUAGGCGAGCGACCAUGCGAAAUAAGCCUCGUUGCCGACGGCGCGCCCGCCCGCGGCUCUCUGCUCGAGUCUCGGUUACGUUAUAUGCGCACUGCUUCAAUACCACGUACUCCGCGGAAUUACAUUGCCGCGUUUGGCUUUCCGAUUGAUAGCAAUGCGAAUUCAUUGCAUACGUGUUUAGGCUUCUCGACGGCAUUUCAUUCUCAUUGCUUUCGGAUGCUCUCAUUUAAUUAGGUUUUACUUGGAUGCUUAGAUGCCGAUUCGGUAAAAAACGACGAAAAUCAAUGGUUUCAUAGUGAAAUUAUGAUGGCGCGUUCAACUUUCGAUCGAAAUAUGCAAUGCGCACGUGGCACUUGCACGAAUCCUUACCGAAAUCAUACAAUUUAUGAUUCUUUUUUUAUUUAUACAGCAAUGACGAUUUGAACUUCUGAUAUGUUCGUUUUAUAUUUUACAUCUAUUACUAAGCAAAAUACAACUCUAACAUAUCAAAUUUAACCAAAUGUUGACAUUAUUUAGCUAAACAUUUCAAUUUUAACGAUAGUAAUGUAAAAUUUGAUUAAUUUCAAUUAUAGGAAAUUAUGUUAUGAAACAUAUUGUUUAUGUUCAUUCUAUUAUUUGUUUUUUAGUAAGUAUAGUUGCUUUUGUAUUUUUUAUUACAAAAGAUUACAAUUUUAGAAUAAUGAAAAUGUGCUUAUGUCGAAUAAUUAUUUUUAUUGUAUUGUUACAUUGUUUAUUUACGUUACUGUUAUUUUUAUGUUGGUUAGAUAAAAAAACCAAUAAGAACAUUAAAAGAAUAAAAAUGUAAAGUAGUCCAAAUUCUGUGAUCUACAAUAAAAUAUCGUAGGAUUUCAAGUGAAAUAACAAUUACUGAACGAUUGUAAAAAAAAGUUUCAAUGUAAGUUAUCUCGAAAAGCGUAAAAAGUUUCAAAUAGUUUUUAUUGUUGCGCUUGCAAUCAUCGUUAGCGUAAUAAAUUAUCUCAUCCAUGAAAUCGAUUAUCGUUAAUAAACAAAAGAAUAGUUGCACUGUAGUAUUGGCAUAUGGCAAGAAAGCGACAACAAAAAAAUGAAUGUAAUCAUAUUAGCACAUACUCGUCUACUCUGAAGUUCUCUCUCCAUCGAUCCAUAACUACCAUCACAAAUUAGAACUGUAAUUGUUAAAUAUCAUUCGUGACGUUCCUCUGUAAAAUACAUUAACUCUGUAAAUAAAUUUUGA